CCAGGGAGCGGAGCCGGCGUUUUGGCCGAGUGAAGGCAGCCGCAGCGCGCCACGGAGCCUGACUAGUGAUUCUGUCGCUGUCGCUGUCGCCGCCGCCCUGCGCGCCGUGAUUCGCGACCCCAGAGCCCGACUCCUUCUGGCCUGACCCGCGCGCCCCUCGCCCGGCCCGGGCGGCGCGACGGGAGGAUGAGCGGCGGGCGGCGAAAGGAGGAGCCGCCUCAGCCGCAGCUGGCCAACGGGGCCCUCAAAGUCUCUGUCUGGAGCAAGGUGCUGCGGAGCGACGCGGCCUGGGAGGACAAGGAUGAGUUUUUAGAUGUGAUCUACUGGUUCCGACAGAUCAUUGCUGUGGUCCUAGGUGUUAUUUGGGGAGUGUUACCGUUGCGAGGUUUCUUGGGAAUAGCUGGGUUAUUUGGAUCAUUUUUUACACUGCCAUCCACUAUGACUGAUGGUGUACAGACCCCACCUGCUCUCAGUCCGGUCGAAAGGACCGUCAUAGUUACAGCACAGAAACAUGAUUGUAGGGACACCCCAGCCACAUGGAACCUGGAAGACCCAUGUUUCCUGGACCAAGAAUCAGUGUGUUGGGCAUCAGUGUUUUCUGCAAGGGUUGUGAUCUGAAACUUUUUAAAGAACCAACUGCCUUUUGGAGAAGCAUUUCUGAAUUGUCCAUCACCAACCAUUUCUUCUUGGAUAUUAUCAUGAAACACCUGUUUGCUGAUGGGAGCUGUCUUUUAAUUUGAUGCACCUCUGGAUCCCGAUGAAACAUUAAAUUGUCUUCCUCACUUA